CGACAGAAAAGACCGCAGCGACCUCCUUCUGCUAAGGAAUACCGGAAACUGGUCGGUUAUAUGCAUCGACUUCCUUGACAGAUCGGCGAGAGGAAAGCUGGCUGGAAACCCAUUUGAAGGGCAGGAUUCCACCCACUCUUCUACAAUGACACACUGGUUUCACAGAAAUCCUUUGAAAGCUACAGCUCCUGUUUCUUUCAGUUUUUAUGGAGUGGCAUCAAGCACUGGAGCAAAUAAAAUCUGCAAUGACCUAAAGGCAUCUCGGGCACGUCUACUGGAACUGUUCACAGAUGUCACAUGUAAUGCAGACAUGAUGAAAAAUGCAACUGACGCAUACUUCUCACUUCUUCAAGGCUUCAUAAAUUCGCUUGAUGGUACAACUCAGGAGAAUAAGUUGCGCUUCAUUCAGAAUUUUAAAUGGACAGACACUUUACAAGGAAAUUCUACAAGUGCUCAGCAAGAUGCAAUUUUUGAGUUGGCUUCAAUGGGAUUUAAUGUUGCUCUGUGGUUUACAAAAUUUGCUUCAAGGCUGGCAGGAAAAGAGGACAUUACAGAAAGUGAAGCAAAAGAUGUCCAUAGAAGCUUAAAAACUGCAGCAGGAAUCUUCAAGCAUGUAAAGGAAAUCCAAGUGCCUCGCCUAAUAACACCUGCCGAGAAAGGGAGAGAUCUUGAAGCCCGUGUAAUAGACACAUACAUUGUGCAGUGCCAAGCAGAGGCACAGGAAGUGACAAUUGCAAGAGCCAUUGAAUUGAAGCAUAAUGCAAGUUUAAUUGCAGCUUUGGCGUUUGAAACGGCUAAUUUCUACCAUAAGGCAGAUCACACUCUUACUUCCCUGGAACCAGAAUACACUACCAAGUGGAGAAAAUAUCUGCAGCUUAAACAGUGCUUCUAUAUGGCAUAUGCUUACUGCUUUCACGGACAAACCCUUCUAGGAAGUGACAAAUGUGGAGAAGCUAUCCGGUCUCUGCAAGAAGCCGAAAAAUUUUAUAACAAAGCAGAAGGUCUCUGCAAAGAAUAUCAACAAACUAAAGGACCAGGAAGCACUGCAAAGCCUUCUGAGCAGCUGUUCUUCAGGAAGUUAGGGACGUCUGUUAGAAAUACAUUGGAAAAAUGUCAGAGAGAAAAUGGCUUCAUUUACUUUCAGAAGGUUCCCCCAGAAGCUCCACAGUUAGAACUAAAAGCCAAUUACGGGCUAGUUGAACCAGUUCCUUUUGAACUUCCUGCACUCAGCUCCCAGUGGACUCCAGAAGUUUACACAACCUUUGAUCUUACAAAGGGUCCAAAGGAUGACAAGGCAAAGGCAAAACCAGAAGAAGAAGUCAAGCCAAUGAAGGAACCAGAUAUAAAGCCACAGAAAGACACCGGAUGCCUUAUUUCGUAAUCUUCAAGUACAUUUUACAUGACUGUCAGCAUACUACUAUGUUAAAGAAAUUAAUGCUAUUAAAUGUAUAAUAUGGAAAUUGUAAUGUAUAGCUAAACAUUUGAUCUUUUGCUGCAGUGCAGUUUUUCAGUUGUUGUUCUCGAUUGACUUGGUAAUGAAGAUAAACGUUGGGAGUUUGAGGCUAAGUAUGAAAUCUGAUGGGAGAUGCAGUAGCCAUUUACACGCUGAUUGUAUCGAGAGUGUUGAAGAGUUUUCAAGAACAUCAUUAUACUGUAUAUUAGGAAGAUCCAGAAAAGCUUACUUUGAAAUAUUGUAUAAUAACAGAUGAUUUGUUCCCACAGAAACGAAAACAUUAGGAAGUUCACAUGACCCCCGUUUCAAAAAGAAGAAAUACGUUUAAAGCUUAGCCUUCCCGGUGCAGGAACGCUAUUCUCUGGUGAUUAUAUAUCAAUAAAUGUUGCAUUCAUUUGAAAAUAUGGAAAUAGUAAAUUUUAAAAUCUCCUAUAUUUGGGUAUCGUCAUCUGCUCGGGUUUUUAAGGAGUACUGAUACUCCUGUUAUGGUAACGGCAGACACUUGAAUCAUUUUCGUUUUCAUGAAGUAUCUUUUCGCUUGAAUAUGAAUACAUUAACGAACGUAUUUUUUUUGUUGACGGACUUCAGCUCCCGUUUUUAAAUACUGAACGUAUCCUCUCCAUGUUUAUGGUCUUACAGCCCACUGACACUCCUGCUGUUUUUGCUUAAUCAGCUGUGUCACUCCCUCUUAUAUUUCUAUUCAUUUUUGUUUGUUUGUGUUGGAAUGUUGAGUUUUCCUCCAAUAAUCUGUUUCAUUCUGGAGCUGCCGCCCAUCGUUGCACCACAGACACUGCUGUAGCGCUCUGCAGCCCAGGGGCGUGAAUUGAUCCUCCUUUGUCUGGCUGCUACUCUGAAGUAUACGUCCGAGGCCUUUAACGAGCCACUUGAAGGGGUCCCGGCGGUCUUUCACUACAGCCAGUGAGGUUUGAAUUGCUUCUAAAUGACUUUCUCGCUUUCACGGAGGGUCCUUUACUGUUCGUUUGUCACAACAGAUCAAGCCUGAGAAAUUAUUACCUUAAGUAUUUCUUUGAAAGAUUGUAGUUACAUGUGAACAGUAGACUUGUUAAUGACAUCGUAUUGCAUAAAGUAUUCGAGAUUACGAUACAGAUGUGUGCAUUAAAAAUGUAGCUUACCUUUGGGGGACAAUAGAAAUUGCACACCUGUUUAAGUAACACAAGUGAUGACAAAACUCCUCUGCCCUCAGAAUAUUUCCUCUGUGGUGGCGCAGAACUCCCAGAAUCAAGUAGAAGGACCUCAGUGUGGGGACAAGAGGUUGCGUUGCUAAUUUGUCUGCGUUUCACUCUGCUCCGUUGGCUUGUACUCGAGUAAGCGGCCUUGAUGCUUUACCCGUGUGUGUAGAGUGAGUGUUCGGCGGUUUUGUCGUACAGUAGAAUCUGCACUGUUAACGUUGUUCCACAAGUCACAUUGCUGGAUUUACUUCCAUGGAUAAGUCCAAAAAUGGACAAGGGACUCCACACCCAACUCUCCUUUGACAGCAAAAUUUUGUAAUCCACUUGGGGGGGUCCUUGCCUUGAAGACACAUCUGAAAUAGCGGGGCCAAACGCUCAAGCCCGUCAUCUUCUUUUGAGCGCAUGCCUUAUGUAAAAUGGCAAAUUAAGGGUAGCGUGUAGACGGCAACCUUCAGUUUAUUUUUUUUUCCUGUAUAUUAAGAAUCAUAUUGCAAAAUAUUCCUCUUGAGAUUUCCUUACUCUUUUUUUAGUUUAUAUAUGCAUUCUCACACAGUGCACUUUAUUAGAUGCUUUUAUAUUUUGUAUUUUCUGUUGGUCACCUUUCGAUUCCAUUCAUUUGAACAUUUCUGUACUGUAAAUGGGGGACUAAAUAUAAAGAAAUAUGUCCACGA